AUGCAGCAAGAACCCUUCUAGCGCAGGACGACGCCAUAACUACACUCACCAAGCCAUGGGUGCUUGCUGUCGGUUUCCUCCCGCCGCCGGAAGUCCCGCCCUUGCUACCAGCUUAAGGCCCCGCCCCGGGAAGCUGUGGCUGGGGCGCGAAGGACCCAGGAGACCAUGAGUACCUCCAGGCUCUACACCCUGGUGCUGGUGCUGCAGCCUCAGCGAGUUCUCCUGGGCAUGAAGAAGAGGGGCUUUGGUGCUGGCCGCUGGAAUGGCUUCGGGGGCAAAGUGCAGGAAGGAGAGACCAUUGAGGAUGGGGCUAAGAGGGAGCUGGAGGAAGAGAGUGGUCUGACCGUGGAUGCCCUGCACAAGGUGGGCCACAUCUCAUUUGAGUUUGUGGGGUCCCCUGAGCUGAUGGACGUGCAUGUCUUUUCUGCUGACCACGUACAUGGGACACCCACGGAGAGUGACGAAAUGCGCCCUCAGUGGUUCCAACUGGACCAGAUCCCCUUUGCGGACAUGUGGCCCGAUGACAGCUACUGGUUCCCACUCCUGCUUCAGAAGAAGAAGUUCUGUGGGUACUUCAAGUUCCAGGAUCACAACACCAUCCUCAACUACUCGCUGCGUGAGGUGGAUGGAUUCUAACACAGGGGUCUGGCCAGUUCUGGCCACACUCAGGUGGCUGCACAGCCACAAGCUCUCAGUCCAAGGGUACCACAAAGAGGGACUGGUAUUUUCUGUUUGCAAAGUGUUGAGGUUGGGAUGUGAAAUGUCACUGGUAGACUAAUGCGUGAAUACUUCAUCUUCACCUACUGGUCUUGUUUUGGAAGGUUGUGGCACCUUUAGGAAGCAGAGCACCGAUGGGGAAACUGAGUCACUGGGGGUCAGAGAGAUGUGGGAUGGGCCUUAAGGUUUUAUAGAUAGGUAUAGAAUAUUAUUUUAAGAUGUGUUACAUUUGUUUAUGCUAUGGAACAUUUGUUUUAAUGAUGCAAAGAUGUGUUGCAUUCUUUUAUGUUGCAUUUGUUUAACUCUGUGAAGCUGUGUUACUUUGCCUGUCUAAAACAUCUGAUUGGUCUAAUAAAGAGCUGAACGGCCAAUAGCAAGGCAGGAGAAAGGAUAGGUGGGGCUGGCAGGCAGAAAAAUUCUUGGACCAGGAACCUCACAGAUGCCACUGGUUAUCAGUGGAUCUUGAAAGCAUGCUGUGACAUUUCACACCGCAUCCUAACUAUUCCUACGUGCUUCAAAGAAAACCAUUUCUCCCUCAGAAAGAGGGAGCCUUUUAAGGAAACCCAACAGGAAAGCUGGACCCAAGGCUCGGCAGUACUGCUCUUGCAGAAGAUCAGAGUUCAGUUCCCUGCACCCGUGAUGGGCAGCUCAUAACCACCUGUAACUACCUUCAGAGGAGCUGACACCUUCUUCUGGCCUCUGUAGGCACCAGCACCCACGAGCACAUUCCCACAUACAUAUACAUGUAAUUUACAAUAAAAUAUACACACUGGAUCAUACUCAAAAGCCAAAUACAUUGUUAGCUGAAGCUCCCUAAACCUAAAGGGGUCCAGAUGUUAAAUGCUGAGAGAAGGGCAGAAUUGCAGCCUUCUCUUGGAUUCAUCAUUUAAAUAAGUGCAUGGGGUGGGAGUGCUGUUCCUGUGAGUACAGGUACCAUGGAAGUCAGAGAUGGUGAUUCCACUGGAGCUGGAGGUACAGGACAUUGUGAGCAAACUGAUGUGGGGACUGGGAAUUGAACUCGGGUCCUCCGAAGAACAGCAAGUGCUCCUAACUGCUGAGCCAUCAUCUCUCCAUCCCUUACGUCAGUUUAAACUGUCAACUUGACGUAAUUUAGAAUCACCUGGGAAGAGCAUCUCAGUGAGGGACUGUCUAGAUUAGAUUGGACGUGUCUGGGGGAUUAUCUUGAUUUGUUAACUCAAGCAGGAAGAUCUGCCCACCAUGAGUGGCAUGAUUCCCUAGGAAGGGAACCCUGAGCAUAUGAGGGUGGGGAAAGCAGACAUGCACGCUUUGAUCGACUUUCUACUUAACUCUGGAUGCAGUGUGUGCACAUGGCUCAAACGCUCACACUACGACCCCCGACUCUCCCAGAGAGCAUAGCAUGAGCAGCUAUGUUGCUUUUGUUAGGAAUUUUAUCAUAGCAACUGAUCUGGCACAAAAAAACAAAACAACAACAACAAAAAACCAAAAAAACCAAACCAAACAAACAAAAAAACCCUGCAGAACCUGACCUAGGGAGCCAGUCAGCUUAACAGAGUUACUUACAGGAGUGUGGGCCACAGCCCUGCAGUUCCACACUGUGCAGGGGGCUCAAUGGGUCAGCAUCGACUCCCCUUAGCAACUGCCACUGUGGGCACCACUGCCGGGAGGGACCUUGUGACCCACGUGCUUUUCAGAUUUCUGAAACUCAUAAAUUUCGCAGAUUUUCUGAGCCUGAGGAGCCUCCCUCCAGGAGGAAGCAGUGCUUCUACAUCCAGGAAACUGCCCCAUUGAACCACCAGACUAGGGGCAACUGCCCAUCCCAAACU